AUGGAAGUGGCAAUGCCUAUGACAGGCAGUGCCAUCGAUUGCUAUGAGGACAUGUUUAAAGAGAUCACCAGGAAACUGUAUGGCGAAGACGGUUUACCUGACCUAAGUGGCAACGAUCGUGUUCCAUCAGCUAACCAAGAUCGUGGAUUAACACCAAUAGAGUAUGAAGUUGAUAAUCCCAUCUUAAAAUCUGACGAUCAUUUAACUGCUUUCGGCCUAGCCGCUUUGAUGCAAAAUGGUUUUCCACCUAGUGGGAUAUUAAAUCCGAAUUUUCCAGUGCAUAAACCAUCUAACACGGGAAAUAUAGUCGCCAAUAUUUUUGAGGAUAAAUGGUUAACCAGCGAGGAAAGCUUGCAAUGGACUCAAUCUAAGAUAGCGACAUAUAAUCCCGCGCAAAAAUUAUUCAGAUGUUCUGAAUGCGAUUGCGUUGGAUAUCUUCUUCGCGUCGCGGAGCAUUGGUUAGGCACGCAUUCCAGCGUAAGAGCUUUCCGAUGUCCUCAAUGUCCUUACGAAAGCGCUUGGGCUAGAUGUGUAAGGAUACAUCUAAAUAGGCAACAUAAUAUCAAUACCGAUGAAUCGUGCGACACUUUAACCAAAGAUAACCCGGUACUGCAAGAAAUUGUUAAAUAUUUGCAAAAAUUAAAGAACAAAUUGGAGAGUAAUUGUGGCAAGUCUUCGAGUUCGGUGCAAAGUGAAGAUUAUCACACGCAGUCGCUUAGUAAUACAUCUUCAAGUAUUUCAGGCGUGUCGCAAGUAUUAGGAAACUCUAAUACUGCUGGUGCUGAACAGAAUAGUACGCCAACUAAGCGCUACAGUUGUACUUUCUGCCCGUACGCUACUGAUAGAAGAGAUUUAUUUACAAGGCACGAAAAUAUCCACAGAGAAGAAAAGCCUUUUCAGUGCUACGUUUGUCAGAAGCAAUUUAACAGAGCUGAUCACGUUAAGAAGCAUUUUCUUAGGAUGCACAGAGACCAUCCUUAUGACUUGAAUAGAAUAAGAAGGCAUCCUCCUAAGAACGCUUCUGGGAUGUCAUAUUACCAAAAGUACAACUCUAGCAUAACGAACCAACCUAACGAUCUAUCCACUAUAAGUUCCUUAUCGAUACCUGGUUUCAAUAGUAUGAACAGAACACCGCAAAUGAAUUCGCGCGUUCAACAACCAGAUUUGAAGUCGAACGUUAAACCUGGCAAUCUGUCGCGUGGCAGUGCCAAGAAAAAAGGAGAGAAACGCUUCAGUUGCUGCUACUGCUCUUGGUCGGGAGUUGAUAAUUGGUGCCUUAAAAGACACAUGAAUACGCAUUUGAAGCCCUUUGUGUGCGGUUUGUGUGAUUACAAAGCGGCGAGGUCUGAAAGGCUUGCGACGCACGUCCUCAAAGUGCACAACAAGAGAGCUUGCAGCAAAUGCAGUUACUUGGCUGAUGAUUUGACCCAGUUGUCGGUGCACCAACAGGAUCAACACCCUUUAGAACAGAGAAAUCGAACGAGCAGUAGUAAUAUUUUAAGAACGAAUUCUUUUAACGGCGGUGCUUCCACAUCAACUUCCAGUUCAAUUACUAAUACGAAUUCUGUUCCCUGUAGCAGCCAGACACAUCAGAGUCUUCUGAAAAGCCACGACCUAAGCACGGCCGCAGCGUUGCUGCAGCAAACCAAUCGUUUUCUGCAAACCGAUCCGAAAAACUGGAAACACCACAUUCCCAAACAGCACGGAGCGGCCAGACUGUUCAGCUAUCUAGAAGCCAGCGAUGGCUCUGAUCCAGAAACCGAACCAAGGGCGGUCGCCGAAGACAUGAGCAGAGUGAAUUUGAGCCACAGGAUCCAGUCGGAUUUUCCUGAGGCGGGAGAUGUUGGCAAUCAGGCUGACGAGGAGGUCGGAGAAGAAACGGAGCUUCCUUUGUUCGUCUGUCACACGUGCGGUUGCGAGUUCGAGGACGAUCUUUCUCUUGACACCCACCAAUUGACGCACAGUGCAGCAUCUCCCGCAAAACUGAAGGAUUCGAAGGAAGGCAAUCCUGAUUACAAAUAUAACUGUAAUGUAUGUGGCGCAGGCUUUGAUAUCCAGAACCACAUCAUUGCUCACAUGACUAUUCACAACGUACUAGGAUUAAAAUUUUCAGGUCCAUCCCCUCCACCACCAAGGACUAAAUCUAGGAAGCAGAACCAACCUAAGAAGAUUUAUUUACCUUGUUGGGACCCUGAAGAAGUGGAAGUUCUGGGACAUCUUACAGGAAAGUUAAGAAGAUGGCGUGGAGCUUUGUCGUCUUCUAGUACAGGCAUUAAUAGGCUAAUAGAUAAGUAUAUGGCCCAACUGGUCACCAGGUUGGGACUGACGUGUUAUUCCUGCAAAAAUUUAAACGUCAGUCGGUACCAUUCUAAAGGUACGCUAGCUCUUCAUCGCUACUGGAGGCAUGGCAGGAAAAAGUUCAAAUGUGAACAUUGUGAUAUGGCCUUUUUACAUCGAUAUCAAACUGUGCUACAUAGCAGCCGUGUACAUACUAAUCGUUAUCAGAAGUCUCAAUUUGUGCCUACGGUGCUUCCUCCUAAAGAACCAACGCCUUUAGCACUUAGUGCUGAAUCUGUGUGCUCUUCUCAGGACACCAGUCUUUAUUUCAACAAUCCUCAUACUGUAUAUGUACCUGACGCAACAAUGUCAAAUGCACAUAAGUUAGGAAUGUCGUUCUUCGAUCACUCCUUCAUGCAUCCAAGUAAUACCAUCAAUAAUCAUAUGCCAAUUAUUAUACCAACGUUUCCACCUAAUUAG